CAAUCAUAAUAAAACAAGAUCAAUUAGUUUUUAUUUCCACUCGAAAGUAACUUGUUUUGUCCGGUGUGUCUGAUUUCCGAGUUUAAGACGAGCACCUGAAGGCAGCAUCAUUUCACCCCUGGAGAGAAAUCAACGCGAACGUUUAAAGAAGUUCAAGUUAGAAAGCUUACAUAUCUCCACCUGAAAAUACGAUUAAACUGCAGUCUGUGACCUCUGACCUCCACCAUGACCGUCGUCACUCAGGUCUUUCCUAAGGGUGAAGCCUUCGCCACCAAACAGGCCCCGCCUCCCUCCACCAAACAGGCCCCGCCUCCUUCCACCAAACAGGCCCCUCCUCCUGACCCUGCCUCCAAGAUGGACGACAUGACUGCUGCCUUCCUGCGGGGGGCGCCACACGUUCUCGGGGUGAUCCAGAUCUUCAUCGGUCUGCUGUGUGUCCUCUUCAGUCUGACUGCUGUCUUCUCCCCGGUCCUGAUCCUCCACGCUCCGCUCUGUCUCAGCGCCAUCUUUGUGAUCUCUGGCUCUCUGACCGUGGCGGCAGGGAGACGGACCUCGGUGGGACUGGUGAGGGCGUGCCUGGUGUGGAACCUGCUCAGCGUGGUGGUUGGUCUGGUGGGCGUGGCCUAUCUCUGCUGGCUGCUCGCUGACGGCCCCCCCCCCUCUCAGCGCCUCUGUGACACCCUCACCCAGUCAGCGUGUUGGCCCGUGCACCCACAGUUGCAGCAACAGACGAAGAACUGCUACGAAAAGAUGAAGUGGCUGGAUGUGAGUGUUUACGGACCUCUGGGCUCCCUGCUGGUUCUGCUCCUGCAGGUCUGUGUCGUCGUCACCGUCUGCGUGUUCUCCUGCAGAGCGCUCGGACGCUGCCACAGCUCCGCCCCCAUCAUGGUGGAGGUCGGGGACCAUGGCGACCCUCUGCUGUCGCGGUCCGGCAGUGACGUCUCUCUGCUGGGCAGCGAAGGAGAGGAAGCCUCCACGCUGCCUCACAAGUCCCCGUGAGAGGGAAAACUACAGUAGUACUACAGCAGAGAGUACUCGCAUACUGGGUCUCUGCCUGUCAUUAUAAUCUGUAAUCAUCUCUCCAGCUGUUUCUCUCUUUCAUCUGUUGUUAACAAUCGUUUUCAUGCUGCACUGCAUUCUGGGUCAUUUAGGGCUUCAUCUGCUCAGAGUUGGGAUUGAGUUUAAAUGUGGAACAGAUAAUACUU